GGUUAUUGAGAAGCGCAGCCAACUUUAGUCACGUCGCUGUCACGAAUUGCAAUUUUUAUAACAAAAAGAAAGAAAAAGGUUCAAUCUUUAUUUGAUUGGCCUGUAAGGUGUUCGUCAGGUUAUCAAUCCGUGUGCAAUUGGCUGGAAAUCGUAUAAAGUGGAUAACGAAAAAAUAACGCGAUUCUCUUAAUUAAAAGAAAUAUUCAAGUAGGCGCAAAUAUUUCACUUUUGUUUGGAGGUUAUUGCUUGAGAUAAAUACACACACAGACACAACAAAAACAGUGAAAAUGACUUCGCUGGACGCAAACCGUUUGCAAAACUUUAAAAACAAAGGCAAGGAUCAAGAUGAGAUGCGUCGUCGUCGCAACGAAGUCACUGUUGAACUUCGCAAAAACAAACGCGAUGAAACCAUUUUAAAGAGACGCAAUGUACCCAACAUGGAUUCGAACACAGAUGAGGAUGACCAGUUGCCCAACUCCAUCAAUUUGAAGAAACUUGCCUUGGCUGCCGCGGAUCCCUCGAAGCCAGAGCAACAGUUGGCCGCAGUGCAAGCGGCACGUAAACUGCUGUCGUCUGAUAAGAAUCCACCCAUCAAUGAUCUGAUCAACAGCGACAUAUUGCCCAUAUUGGUUGAGUGUCUGAAACAACAUAAUCACACAAUGCUGCAAUUCGAGGCUGCUUGGGCAUUGACCAACAUUGCCUCUGGAACUUCCGAUCAAACCAAUCAGGUGGUUGCCGCUGGUGCUGUUCCGCUCUUCCUUCAACUGCUGAACUCACCCGCUCCAAAUGUCUGCGAACAAGCCGUCUGGGCUCUGGGCAACAUUAUUGGAGACGGUCCGAUUUUGCGUGACUAUGUCAUCAAACAUGGUGUAGUGCAGCCAUUGCUGUCAUUCAUUAAACCCGAUAUACCCAUAUCGUUCUUGCGCAACGUCACCUGGGUGAUUGUCAAUCUGUGCCGAAACAAGGAUCCGCCACCACCAGCAGAUACCAUACAUGAAAUCCUGCCCGCACUCAAUGUGCUGAUCCAUCACACUGACACAAACAUUUUGGUCGACACCGUUUGGGCCAUCAGCUAUUUAACCGAUGGUGGCAACGAUCAAAUCCAAAUGGUCAUCGAUAGCGGUGUCGUUCCCAAGCUGAUACCACUCCUGGGCAACAGUGAGGUGAAGGUACAGACGGCAGCAUUGCGCGCUGUUGGCAAUAUUGUAACCGGCUCAGAUGAACAGACACAGGUCGUACUCAAUUACGAUGCAUUGUCCUAUUUCCCGGCGCUGUUGUCGCAUCCCAAGGAGAAAAUACGCAAGGAGGCCGUUUGGUUCCUUUCAAACAUCACCGCCGGCAAUGAGUCGCAGGUGCAGGCUGUCAUCAACGUCGGUCUGUUGCCCAAGAUAAUCGAUAAUCUGACCAAGGGCGAAUUCCAAACACAGAAGGAAGCCGCAUGGGCCAUCAGCAAUUUAACCAUUAGCGGUAGACCAGAACAAGUGUUUACACUGAUCAAGGAGGGUGUCAUUCCGCCUUUCUGCGGUUUGCUUUCGUGCCAGGACACACAAGUGAUCAACGUUGUGCUCGAUGGUCUCAAUAAUAUGCUCAAAGUGGCCGCAUCUCAUGUGGAGGAGGUUGCCAACAUCAUUGAGGAAUGCGAGGGCCUGGCUAAAAUUGAACGUUUACAGAGCCACGAGAAUGUGGAAAUCUACAAACUGGCAUACGAAAUUAUUGAAAAAUACUUCACAGAGGGCGAACAAUCUAAUCUGGCACCAACUUCCGAUGGCACAGAAUAUAAUUUUGAUCCGAAUACUGACAAAUUACCAAUGAACUCGUUCAACUUUUAACGUAAUGGAUGAGGAGUAACCAAUCUAGCAGCAGCGUACACAUCUGAAAUGUGUAUAACAAUGAUUGCAACAAUAGCAUAGCAAUAAGAUUUCGAGCGAUACUCUGUGCCCAUCAACCAUCAAAAGCAACUCUCUGACAGCAAAAAAACCAAAAAGAAAAGAAAAUAUGCACAUUCUCUAUAUGACAGCUUGGUUAUAUAUACAAUACAAUAACAAAACAAACAAACGACACUACAUUACACUAUACAAAUUCAUUGCAGCAGUUAAUUACAUUUUUAAUUUCUGUGUAUAGUAAAUUUAUAAUCGUUCAUUCAAUCUACAUAAUGCUUUAUGUAUUUGCAAAAUGUAAAUCAAAACCAAUUAUUUUGUUGAACGAUAUAAAAGCAAAGCAUGUUGGAAUUUAAACAGCUCUUUUAUAGUUAUUUAUAUUUUCAAUUUAAUCAAUUUAUUUACCUUUUCAACACAGAUAUGUAGGUCUUUCAAACUAAGUAAAUAUUUCUUUAAAUAAAAAAAAAAACAAAACAAAAAGAAACGGGCUGCAAAGGCGUUAACGAAAAUGCUGCAGUUGCAAACAAAAUGUGCUAAAACAACAGCAAAGAAAACACACAGGAAUGAAAAAAUUGUAGAACUAUUUGAUUUGUAAUGAAAAUAAUUUUAAUAUGUACGCCUUUGAUUUGUAAUGGAAAUUACAUAUACAUUUCUAACAUGAUAACGAUAAAACACGGCA